GUAUGUGAUGGUACGGUGCAGUGCAGCGAUGGUUUGGAUGAAUCGCAGUGUAAGAUGCGCGAAUGCGCUCCACGACAUAAGCAAUGCGAUGAUGGUACUUGCAUUCCGGAACAUCGUUGGUGUGAUCGUCGGCGUGAUUGUCCAAAUGCUUCCGACGAACUGCAUUGCGAAAAUCAUGUAUCCAAAUCGCAGAGAAUGCAGUCCGUUCGAAUUUGAGUGCGGCAAUUCAGUGUGUAUCCCGCGCAAAUUUAUUUGCGAUGGUGACAAUGACUGCGGUGACAACUCGGAUGAAACCAACGAACAUUGCAAGAGUGCGCUUUGCGACCCGCCACUUCGCUUUCGAUGCGCCCACUCCAGACUUUGUCUCAAUAUUCUACAGGUCUGUCUCGUACAAAAAAUCCUUAAAUUUAAAUCAAAAGAAGAUUCUUGUGCAUUUCGCACUGCAACAGCUGUGCAAAACGCGUAUUGUCCGUUUCUGCUUGCAUUCGGAUGUUUCCGGAGUUUUCAACUUAGCAACCAGGGCAGCCGGGAAAUUAAAAUCUUUGGAGAAUUUUUACUGCCUAUGUCCAGUCUAGCUAAUCCUUAAAU